UUGCUCUACUCCGAAUUCAAGAAUGGAAAAUGGAAUGUUGGUGGACAGGAAAAGAGAUGGAAAAGAGAUUUAGAUGGGCUCAAAGCCAACCUCAAAAUCUCUGGCAUAGACACUGAGAACUGGGAAGCCCUGGCCCUUGAGCGCUCCAGUUGGAGGUCAGCUGUGACCAGCAGUGCUGCAGCAUUUGAAGAUGCACGAAUGGAGGGUGAAAGAGAGAACUGUGCCAAGAGGAUGGUGUGUCAAGCCAACCCCGACCGAGACCGCCUUCCACCUGGAAACCAAUGCCCUCACUGCGGGAGAAGAUGCAGGUCAAGAAUGGGGCUCCACAGCCACCUAUGGAUCUACAAGAAUACUGAUGAUGGAAGACUAUCCUACUCGUCCAACGAGGGAUUGCCUAAGGUCUUCAUUAUGGAUGUGACAGUCGCGGAAUACAUUCGGAGAACGGUGCUGCGAAUCCCGCGUUCGGAAGCCAGAACAAUGUUGACCAAGUGGAAGUUUCUUUCUGACUCCCAGCUUCAGUCUUUAAACACGAAUCAGAAGAAGGAAAACAUAUCAAAAGAAGUUGUUGAACUCUGUCAGGAAAACCGUGCAACUAUCCAGCAUGCAGCAAAUCUUGACAUGAUAUACAGCUACACCUGUCGGAACAAAAUGAUGUGGGAUAUGUAUCAGAUGAUUAGAGAAGAAGGUGACGAAAAUGACUUUUUUGACUUGGAAAAUUUUAAAAAGAAAUUUGAAGAAAGCCUGGAGUCAUCCUUCAACAAUGUAACUAUCACUUUUGAAGAAUUUGAAGAUAAUGCAAUAUGGAUUCGAGUCGCAUGGGGAACACAGUACAGACAACCAAACCAGUACAAGCCAAGUUAUGUUGUUUACCACUCACAGACUCCUUAUGUCUUCAUCUGUAAAUCUAGAAAUAAGAGCUCUGUGCCUUUCCUUUUUCAGGCGUUGCUGGUUGCUGCCAAUUACAGUGAUAUCCAUGAAAUGGACCUCCAAAGCCGUUGCUUUGAUUCCCUUAAAGAUAUUGUACUUAAGCGAUGUGGCCAGAGCCUUCAAAUCCAUCAACCACAACCUCUCCAAGAAAAAGACAGCAAUCUGGAAAAUGUGGAUCCAAGGAUAAUUCAGGAAGAUCAACAUGAAAAGGAAAGAAUUCAAAGGAUUGAUCGAGAAACUUUUGGUGAUGGUCCUCAGCCAAAACUAGAAUUUGCACACUACCGGCUUAAGACAACAUUCAGAGGUGAUCUAAUAAAUGACACCUUACAUGAUAUCAAACCAUUUAGAUGUACGGUCAAGUUUUCCAGUCCUCAUCUUUUAGAAGCCUUACGGUCCCUUGCGCCGGCUGGAGUAGCAGACGCUCCACUCUCCGCGUUACUUACUUGCAUCACUCCAAAAGCCAGGAACCAUUUUAAUAUCAGAGAGAGAGAAGGAGCAGAUUGAAAUUGCUCUCCUGGUCAGGGAUGUAUUUACAAGUAGACGAAAGAACCUAUGUAGCCAUUUCCAUGGAUUAUGGUUUGACUAAUGGGAAAUGACACUGCUGAGUUCUCCACGGAUUGUUGCAUCCAGUUACAGUAGGACGGUCAAAUUGGUAGGUUAUCUAAACUAACUGCUUUGACUGGGUGACAUGUUUUGAUGUAUAUAUCUGGUACAAUCUCUGGCUGAACUUUUUCUACAUUUGUGUUGUCGAAGGCUUUCAUGGCCAGAAUCACUGCAUUGCUGUGAGUUUUCCGGUCUGUAUGGUCAUGUUCCAGAAGCAUUCUCUCCUGAUGUUUUGCCCACAUCUGUGGCAGGCAUCCUCAGAAGUUGUCAAACCUCACAACCUUUG